UUUUGUUAUACCUAUCUUUCUGCUCUUUUGUAAAUAAUAUUUGAUUUCUGUCACAAAGUUCUUUCAAACAUGAAAUUCGUUUAUAAAAUAGUGAAUAGAUUUCCAGUGGAUAAAAAAAUGAUGCUGUGAGUGGAUUUUCAAAAACUUUGUGAAAUGAAUACUUCGAGAUAAAAACGAAAAGUAAUCGAGAAUAUUCUAGAAGAACAGUGUGUCAACAAUAAGAGAAAAAAAAGAAAAAAAAUACAUUUUACUAAUUGUAAGAUAAUUUAAAAGAGAAAUUUAAAAAAUGGAUUUGAUUGAAAACGGACAUUUUUUAAACAAUUACGAUGCGUUUAACGAGACGAAAACCGAAAUUACGUUGGAAGAACAAGAAGAAAGAGAAAUUCGAAACAUUAUUCAAUUGUACAGGAACAAAAAAUAUUCCUUUAAGGAAGCACAUGAAUUAAGUGGUAUUUCGAGAACAAAAUUCAUGAAACUUUUAACAGACGAAAAGAAUAAAAGUGACAGUGCCCCGAACUCUUUUUCCACUUUAUCAGAAAUUAAUUUAUCAACAAAGGCAAAAAUUGAGGAAAAAUUAAUUGCCAGCAUAAAUUAUUUACAAAAUGGUAUGUUCGACGUGGAAGACAUUGAUAUAAAAAAUUUGAAAUAUGAAAUUCUUUUAGAAUACAACAUCAAGUGGACUCAAAAAGGUGAAGUUGGAAAAGUUUGUGAAAAAUCGUUUAUUGAAAAAAAUAAAAAAUGUUUAAAAUCACCUUCGACAAAGGAGUAUUUAUUGGGAAAAAUGAAUGAUUACUUUAAUACAUUCACGAAAAUUUACAAUAAUCACAAUAUUGACUCGACGAGAAUUUAUUAUUUGGAAGUUACAAAAUUGGCGAAUCAAUUUCUCUUGAUUUAUUGCGUGAAUGCCACAGGUUGUCGUACGCAGAAUCCAAUGAUAAUCUUGAAUGAAUCACCAGAAAGCAAUAGUUUGAAAAAUGAUUCCGAAUUGGCGAAACAAUUUUUUAUUGUAACCUCUCAAAUGGGUAAAUUAACAUAUAAAUUAUUUGCCUAUUGGUUGGAGAGUUUUAUAGUAAAUUCCAAAGUCACGCCGGAGAGGAAAGUUAUUUUAUAUCUCGAUGGAAAUAAUUCCAAAUGUAAAUACUAUAAAAGUAUACAAUUAGCGAUUAAUAGUGGAAUUAUUUUAAUUCAAGUUCCCACUUAUAAAACAAUGCAUCUACAACCAAUUUUAAUGACACUUGUCAAAUCUUUCAUCACAAUAUACAAUUUGACUGUCAAAAAUUGGUGUCGUGACAACAUUGAACAACCUAUUAGUUUGAAAGUCUACCUGAAUUUGUUACUGAAAAUUUAUGAAGAAGAGAAUGAAGAAGAUGAAACUAUUUCGCUUGGUUUUAGAAAUCAAGGUAUUUGGCCUUUGGAUAAAAGUUUGUUUCUUAGUUCCUUUGAAGGAUUGAUGGAUCAAUUGGGGCAAACGGAAAAUUUUUUUGAAGAAAUAGAAUCUAAUGCUGAUAUUUCUGAAUCAUCGAAAAAUACUCCUAGUGAAAUUAAAAAUGAGAGAAGUAAUUUUACCGAGAAUUCAAAAAGUUCAAGUGCAGCCAUUGACAUAUCAUCAGUCCGAUUCUCGAGAGUUCACUGCACAGGCUGCGAUAUUCACCUUGGAUCGGCCCCCGCACAAGUUACCAAUAUGUUUGAACAUCCAAAAUUACGAACUCUCUUGUGCUUGAAAUGCUACGAAUUUUACGGCGAUGGAGACUUUGAGCAAGGGGACGAUCAGACCGAUAUGUUUUGUCGAUGGUGUGCCAAUGGUGGAAAUCUCUACUGUUGUUCCGACUGUAGUAACACAUUUUGUUCGAAAUGUGUCAAGAGAAAUUUUGACGCAGUAAUAGCAAAGAAAAUAGAGGACGACGAGAAAUGGAAAUGUUUCGUCUGCGAUCCAACUGAUAUCUAUCCAGCACGAUCACUUUGUCGGGCGAUAAUUCAACACGUACAGACUGUAUGCAGAAUUCUCCAAAAUGACAAGACAAUGAACCAGGACGAAGUUGAUGAAAAAAUGAAUUUAGACGAAUCUCGAUGCUGCAGUCGAAAAAGGAAACGAAAGAGACGAAAAACCGGAUCCGGCUCUGAGGAUGACGACGAUGAGACGUACAAUCCCGUACUCAGUGAAAUGCCACAAGUUAAGAGACGUCGCACCAGAAAAAGUGGUCAGGUCGCCACACCAAUUCACACUAAUGGCUCAGUGAAUAAUCAAUCAGACGACGAUAGUUCACUUCUCGCUGGUGAUAACGAUCUUCUCGCUGCAUUGAUACCCUGUGAACAAACAAUGACUGAAGGUGACACUGCACUACCUUUUGGAAGUCCAACAAAGGUACAACCGCAACCUUCUAAAGUUAUAACAACUGACAAACUUAAAACGCAAAUUCUUUCUAAUAACACAAAACCCAAUCAAACGUCGUCCCCAGUUCUAAAUUUACUGAAACCAAUGAAAGUGCGCAGAUUAACCCCCGUAACUUCAGUACCUCAUUCGCAAUUAAGAACAACCCUCAUAAAUCCCCUCUCUCAACAACACUUGAGACCAAACAUCAUUGGUCCAACCGCACAAAUUCAGAUAAGACAAAACAUGGUGCGUCCCAUCUCUCAUCUACAACCAAGAGCAAUGCUAAUUCAAAAACGUCCAAAUCGACCAAUGGUCUCGAUACCACAACCCCGAACUCCAGGCUCAGUCCUACAGACAAAACCAAGAAUUCUCCUACCAAAAUCCCGCCAAUCAAACACCUCCACCGCCCCAAAUAUCAUCGACAUUGAAAGUGAUUCCGACGAAGGAGUCGAAGUCAUCGGCGCCAGUGAUCGAGUAACCCGCAAUAAAAGUGCACAAAUGAGUAAAGAAGAUCAAAAGACAAAUAAAAAUUUCGAACAAUUAAUUCUCAAUCAAAAGCACGAUAUCGACAUUGAACUGCAAUCGCUAAGGAAAAAGUUCAAUUUCGUCCUCUCCGAUUCGCCGAGUAAACCCGAGAAAGUAACCACCGACGAGGCGUCUCUAAAAAUGAAAAAAUUCCAACAAGUCAUGCGAAAGACAUUAUACAGACUAGCACAAAUAAACGAUCGAGUAGUCCGAGAGUAUCACAGUUGGAAGAAGCAAACAACCCCCGAAGAGGAGGAAUCCGAGAAGAGCAAAGUCGACUACUUCCCCACCAAGAAUCCCGACGUAUCACUAGAAAUGAUCUGCGUUCGCGAUUCCGAAUCGGAAAGCGACGGCGAAACCCCCAACGAAGGAACAAUUCUCGAGGCGAGCAAUUUGGAAGCAAAUCAAUUGAAUUGCUACAGCAAUCUCACGUUAUUCAGAAAAAAGCGCAUGGUCGAGCAGGGCGUCGGCGACGACUCAAUCGAAAAGCACGACAAAUCGGUCCAAGCCUACGACGUCCGAACACGGGACUAUGAAAAAUCAAUUGGCUAUUCUCUGCUAAUGAAAGCCGAGUACGAUCCCAAGACUGAGAAGGAGGUGUUGAAACCCGUCGAAGUACUGAAUGAGCAUUUCGGAAAAUUCCAGGAGCAGUACAUUUUUCAUUUACAACACAUCGAGGAGAAUGGCAUUAAAACGACUGAGGAUCUGGAGAAUCUACCCGAUCCGAACGAAACACCGCUCAAGGAUCUCAUCGAGGCGAAUUCGCCGUUCAUUGCCGAAAUGCUGGAGAAUAUACCGCCGACGAUUAUUAAUGGAAGUGCCACCGAGUCAGAGGCAAUGGAGACGGAGACUAAAGAAAACUCCGACGAAGAGAUGCCCUUGGAGGAAAUUGAAAAAGACGCGCCUCUAGAAACAAUCGAAGAAAAAGAAUCGUCCGAAGACGAAAAAGACGAGGAGAACGAAGAAGAAACAGAAAAAGAGAAAGAGAAUGAAGAAGACGAAACGGAAAAAGGAGAAAAAGGAGAAGAGAACGAAGAAACAGAAGAUAAAAGCGAAAGUCCCGAACAUUUGGAUUCAACCGCAGCGACUUCGAAGGCAGUCGAGGAAUUAGUGAAAAUGGUAACAAAACUCUCGGACGAAUUGAAAUCGAGUAAUAAUUCACCGGAAAAUACAACAUUGAGUUCUGUUUCCGAAAAAAAUGAGUCUAACGAUGAAAAGAGAGGUGGUGAUCAUGAUAAGGACGAGGAGACAAUUCUCGCUGUUCGAACACUUGUCGAAGAAGAGAAUAAUAGUGGUAAUAAUUUUACUAAAACAACAACAGAAACAACAACAACAGAAACCAGUGCGAUUGAGGAGUGUAACUUUCUUAAUUAAUUUUCUUUUGAGACACUAAAUGCAAAACAUUUAAUUUAAGAAAGUGAUUUAUAUAAAAGCAAAGAGUCGUAAAAUUUAUAUAAAAAAAAGAAAAACAAAAAUUUUUAUGUCUUAAAAAUGUUAAGAUAAUUAAGUGAUUAUUUGGUUUUGGUAAUAAAUAAUUUACCAUUUUUUCUCUGGA